AUGUUUUUAGAAACUAAAAAUAAUAAUAAUAAUAAUUUAAAUAAUAAAUUAAUUAGAAAUAAAAUAAAAAAAGAUAAAAUGGUAUCACAAGGUAAAAAUAAAUUAAUUCAAAAAUAUAGUUCAGAUUUUUCAUAUUAUUUUAAUAAUCAAGAAUUAUCAGAUAUAAUAAUACAAGUUUCAGAGAAUGGAUAUUUAGAUGAAGAUGUAUUAACAAUGAAACCAAUUCCAAUAAAUAUAAAAAACGAUAAAAAACCAACAUUUGAAGAAAUUAUUGAAUUAAUAAAUCAAAGAAAUAAUUGUUUAAAUAAUAGUAAUAAAAUAAAAAAUGAUGAAACAAAUAGAAUCGAUUAUUUUUAUACACAUAAAUUUGUAUUAUCAGCACGUUCACCAGUAUUUAUGAAAAUGUUAUCAUGUCAAAUGAUGGAAUCGAAUUCAGUUAUAAUUACAUCACAUUUUCCAAGGUCAAUAUUUUAUAUAUUAUUAAAGUUUUUAUAUAGUGGAAAGGUUGAAAUGAAUGCUACAAACGUGUUGGAGGUAUUGGCGAUUGCUGAUUAUUAUCAAUUAGAGGAUUUAAAGGAUUUUUGUGGUAAAUAUUCAUUACAAACUUGUAUAGAUGGUGAAUUGGAUAUUUGUAGGGUAUUGUAUGCUUCCGAACAGUAUGGACUUGAAAAGAUAAAGCAAUUAUGUUUAGAUUAUAUUUCACAGCAUUCAAUGGAUAUAUUACUGUCGUCACCAAAUUGGCAUUUAUUAAGUGAAGAGAAUUUAAUAGAGAUUUUAGAACAAGACAAUCUUCGUGUACCAGAGGUGGAAAUCUUUGAUUCUUUAGUUCGUUGGGCAGAGAAGCAGUAUAGUAUACUAUUGGAUUUAGAUCCUUCCCUAGGUGAUUCAAUCAAUAAACCUGAUUUUCUAAAGAAAAAACUAUCAAAACCAUUGAAAUCAAUUAGAUUUGCAAGUAUGUUUCCUUAUCAACUUUCAUCACAUAUUGAAAAGACAAAUUUGGUAGAUAAGGAGAUCCUAUAUGAAGCUUAUCGUUAUUGUGCAGCUCAAAUUCCAACUAGUAUUAAUAGUUCAAGUUGUGAAUUAAGACAAGGUGUAAAGGAGUUUACAUUUCAAUUCAAUGGUGAUACAAAUGGUGUUUUAUAUUAUUUUGGUACUUGUGAAGAUAUGGAAGACUAUGAAAGUCCUGUCACGAGAAAGGUUGUAACCGUAACAAGCUCCACCAUGAGUAUUGGUUAUCCUCAUCCAUUCGUUGGUAGACAAUCGACCAAUAUGUACACUGAUAAGGAAGAGAAUAGUUUUUUCUGUGUGGAUUUAGGUGUUAAACAUGUACUAUGUCCAACUUAUUACUCGUUGAGAUAUGGUGGUGAUUCUCAAGGUUCAAUCUAUGCAGCUCCAAAGAAUUGGCAAUUGUUGGGUAGUUUAGAUGGUCAAGAAUGGACACUCCUUAGAGAUCACUCAAAUGAUCUCUCCUUAAAGGAUGGUUAUGGUAUCGCUGGUUGGGAUGUUAAAAGUAUUCAUUCCUAUCGUUAUUUAAAAAUCCUUCAAACUGGUCCAAAUCAACGUGAUGGUAAUGAACUUUGUUUAUGUUGUUUCGAAGUUUAUGGUCGUUUAGUCUCUUUAGAAGAUGAUAAUAACAAUACAACAUGUUCAAGUUUAACAGAUGGUGAAAGUGAUGAUGAUGAAAUGAAAAAUACAACUUCACAUAUUGACGAUGAUGAUAGUGACAAUGAAGAUGUCAAUGACAAUAACAAUGGCGAUGAUAGUGAUGAAACUAAUAAUGAAAACGAUGAUGAUAUGGAUGAUAAUUAA